CGUCCCCGUUCUCCCGCUCCUCCUCCUCCUUGUCCUCGCCGCCGCCAUGAACGCGGAGAAGGACUUCGCGCCCCUCACGCCCAACAUCGUGCGCGCCCUCAACGACAAGCUGUACGAGAAGAGGAAGGUGGCCGCGCUGGAGAUCGAGAAGCUAGUUCGAGAGUUUGUGGCCCAGAAUAACACAGUACAAGUUAAGCAUGUGAUCCAGAUUCUGUCCCAGGAGUUUGCUCUCUCUCAGCACCCUCACAGCCGGAAAGGGGGCCUUAUCGGCCUGGCAGCCUGCUCCAUUGCAUUGGGCAAGGACUCUGGAUUGUACCUGAAGGAGCUGAUUGAGCCAGUACUAACAUGCUUCAAUGAUGCUGAUAGCCGCUUGCGCUACUACGCCUGUGAAGCCCUGUACAACAUCGUCAAGGUGGCCCGGGGCUCUGUCCUGCCCCACUUUGAUGUGCUUUUUGAUGGACUGAGCAAGUUGGCUGCUGAUCCAGAUCCCAACGUCAAAAGUGGCUCUGAGCUCCUGGACCGCCUCUUGAAGGACAUCGUGACCGAAAACAACAAGUUUGACCUAGUGAGCUUCAUCCCCUUGCUGCGGGAGAGGAUUUACUCCAACAACCAGUACGCCCGGCAGUUCAUCAUCUCCUGGAUCCUGGUUCUCGAGUCUGUGCCUGAUAUUAACCUGUUAGAUUACCUGCCUGAGAUCCUCGAUGGGCUCUUCCCCAUCCUGGGAGACAACAGCAAAGAAAUACGGAAAAUGUGUGAGGUAGCUCUCGGAGAAUUCUUAAAAGAAAUUAAGAAGAAUCCCUCCAGUGUCAAGUUUGCCGAGAUGGCCAACACGCUGGUGAUUCACUGCCAGGACUCAGAUGAUCUGAUUCAGCUCACAGCUAUGUGCUGGAUGAGGGAAUUCAUCCAGCUGGCUGGCCGGGUGAUGUUGCCCUACUCCUCGGGGAUCCUGACAGCCGUUUUGCCCUGUCUGGCCUAUGAUGACCGAAAGAAAAGCAUCAAGGAGAUGGCCAACGUGUGCAACCAGAGCCUGAUGAAGCUGGUCACCCCUGAGGACGACGAGCUGGAUGAACCGAGGCCCAGAGCCCUGAGCCAUCCAGAGACCAGCCCAGACGACUCGGUAGCCAAGCAGGAGGUGACUGCCAAUGGCUGCUUAGAUGCUUCUUGUGACUCCAGCUUCAGUGUCUUCACUCCAGCUAGUGCUGAAGGGUUACCAGUGACGCUGAACCUUGAUGAGAUCAUGCAAGUGCUGAACUGCCACCUACAUGACCCCGCCAUUGGGAUGAUGACCAGGAUCGCUGUCCUCAAGUGGCUGUACCAUUUGUAUAUCAAGACUCCCCGAAAGAUGUUCCGACAUACAGACAACCUUUUCCCCAUCCUCCUUCGGACCUUGUCAGAUGAAUCAGAUGAGGUUAUCCUGAAGGAUUUGGAGGUUUUGGCAGAAAUUGCAUCAUCCCCCGCAGGCCAAACAGAAGGUCCCGGCACCUUUGACAGUCCCAACCUGCGGGUCAACCACUUGGAUCUGCAGGUGCCCACCUCCGGCAGAGCCAGCCUGCUGGGUCCUCCAGGUACCAGAGGUUUGGAGUGUUCGCCUUCCUCUCCCACCAUGAAUUCUUACUUUUACAAGUUCAUGAUCAACUUGCUGAAGAGGUUCAGCAGUGAGCGCAAACUCCUGGAGAUCAGAGGAGCCUUCAUCAUCAGGCAGCUCUGUCUACUGUUGAAUGCUGAAAACAUCUUCCACUCUAUGGCCGACAUCCUUCUUCGAGAAGAAGACCUCAAAUUUGCCUCCACGAUGGUUCACACCCUCAACACUAUCUUACUGACCUCCACAGAGCUCUUCCAGCUAAGAAAUCAGCUCAAAGAUCUGAAGACUCUGGAGAGCCAAAGCUUGUUUUGCUGUCUGUACCGGUCCUGGUGCCACAACCCAGUCACGACGGUGUCCCUCUGCUUCCUUACCCAAAACUACCGGCACGCCUACGACCUCAUCCAGAAGUUUGGUGAUCUAGAGGUCACUGUGGAUUUCCUCACUGAAGUGGACAAGCUUGUGCAACUGAUUGAGUGUCCCAUUUUCACAUAUCUGCGCCUGCAGCUGCUGGACGUGAAGAAUAACCCCUACCUAAUCAAGGCCUUGUAUGGUCUGCUCAUGCUUCUCCCUCAGAGCAGUGCCUUCCAGCUCCUCUCCCACCGCCUGCAGUGCGUGCCCAACCCAGAGCUCAUGCAGACCGAGGACAGUGUGAAUUCAGCCCCAAGCUCCCGGAAGGUGGAUUCCCCCAGCAUUGACUAUGUGGACCUACUGCAGCACUUUGACAGGGUCCAGAACAAGCAUCUGGAGAUGAGACACCAGCGGAGUGGACGUGGGGACCAGCUGGACCGCAGGAUUGUCCUCUGAGCCCUCGGCAUGCACAGCUUGGGGGCACAGGCUGGUGCGGUGGUCCUGUGGACCAUUUGUGGCCUUCCCAAAGUUCUCUCCAGGACCUUAGCAGGGAGGUGAGUGGGUGGUGAGCGUGCUGCCCUCUACUCUAGCUAGGCACGCCCUGCAGCCAAAUAGGAAGCCCGUUCAGGGGCGGAGGAAGAAAGGCUGCUGUCCACCUCUCCAUCCCAUGCCCCAGAGCAGCCAGUGCAGCAGCGGCAGGGUUGACCCUCCAACUCUCCCUGAGACAGCCCUGAGUCACCUUGAGAUGUGCCCCUCUGCCUCAGAAGUAAUGCCCCCCCCCCCCCAUAAUCAGCCUCUUUUAACAAGCCCCUUCCGUUUGGAUUGAGAGCAGAACUUGUUUGCUCCCUCCCCAGCCCAGAUCUCUUGACAUGUCAGUGUGUCUGUCCACACACGGAUGUAAACAUUCUGGCUCUUACUGUAGUCUCCACCUGGAUCACAGAGGUUUGUAUGUAAUGAUGGAGAUCUCCCACAUAAAAAUAAAGGAAUGAUGGUAACUUCGAUCGUC